AAAAGAAAGAAAGAAGAAAAAAAAAAAAGUGACUGGGGAGAAGAGAUAUAGGAACUGGCUCCUAAUCACAUUGCAAAUUUUCCUUAACUUGAGCCAAGAAAAUUUGGGUUCUCGUUCAUUUUGUCUUUAUAACUCACACUCAUCUAUGAGUAUUUUUCUGUGCUUUUUGUUUACAAGUUUUAAUCUUGAAUCUGAAACUAGGUUUUUGUUUUAUGUUGUGGUUCAGGUUCCUGAAGAUGGCAAUGAAGACUCUUUCUGGAACCUGCUCUUCCGACCUCUUGUCUCUCUUCAGAGGAGUUUUCUGCAUCAUUAGGCCUAGACUUGCUUCUCCUGGGAAAGUCUUCUUUUGCUGCAGAAUCAGUUCAUCUACUGAUGCUCCAGUGCAUGAAUUGUUCAACUUGAGUGUAGUACCUCCAACCCUGUUAGCAUCUGAAAGAAAAGAAGCCAAGUCUGUGUUAACCUUGUUCUUGAUGCAACAAGGUCUGAGCAAGGCAGUUGCUGCAAGAACCAUUACUAAAUCAAAUCAUUUUAUUGAACACCUUGUCUCAAGGCUUUAUUCUGCUCAUAAAUCUGGGUAUCUUGUAGGAAGAGAGCUCACAACUCCCGAGAUUAGGGACACCCUUAAUCCUUAUCUUCAAUCACUCGUUGAAGAGCAUGGAAACUUUAUGGUUGAUUUUGUGAAGAACUUUCCUAGUGCACCUAUCCAAAAAAAGCCAGCUUUGCCAGUUUGUCGAUCCCAUUCCAGCCUUUACUCCAAGAAGCCAGAAGCAGUUUCUUUUGUAAGUGCCCCAAGUCCAGCAGCGGAUCUAUGCCCUCAAUUUCUCUACCUCUUAGAGCUUGGCAUGGAUCUUGAGAAGAUCAAGUUAUUAACACGCAGAUAUCCUAAUUUUUCCUACUACAGCUUAGAGGGGAAAAUCAAACCACUAGUUGAGUUUCUUCUUGAUCUUGGGGUACCUAAAUCAUGUAUUCCUACUAUUCUCAGUCGAAGACCUUCCUUGUGUGGACAUAGUUUAUCUAAAAAAAUAAUACCCAGCAUGAUAUACUUGGAAGAUUUGGGUGUGGACAAGAAACAGUGGGCAAAAGUUAUAUGCCGCAGCCCUGAUCUCCUCUGUCACAGCAGGCAGAAGGUUCAGGCAAUCGUUAAUUUCCUACAUGAGUCUGGCUUAUCAGGUGAUAGCAUUGGUAACAUCUUAACUAAGUUCCCAGCAAUUGUAGGUUACAGUUUGGAAGAUAAUCUCCGGCCAACAGCCAAGUACUUCAAACAGUUGGGGGUUAAUGCUGCCAUCAUUCUCUGCAGAUCUCCAGUGACAUUUGGUCAUAGUAUUGAGGGCCAUCUCAAGCCAGUGACCAAUUUUUUCUUGGAAAGGGAAUUCAGUGUGGAAGAAGUUGGGACCAUGGUUUCAAGAUAUACAGGUCUAUAUACAUUGAGCCUGACAGAGAACUUGAUUCCAAAAUGGGAGUUCUUUCCGACCAUGGGAUAUUCAAGACCUGAGCUGGUUAAGUUCCCUCAGUAUUUUAGUUACAGUUUGGAACAAAGAAUCAAACCACGUUUUGCACUAGUGAAGGGGUUAGGAAUGAAAAUGGUGCUUAGCAGCAUGUUAGCACCAUCCCAGUGUAACUUUGAGAAAGUUUUGAUAAGGAACAGGAAGAACUUACUUGCUGACAAGGGUUCAAGUCAUACAGAGGACAAGUAAUGCUCUGUGGUCGGGAACUGGAUUUUAUGACUUCUGAGUGGAGUACCCAUUUAAAUGAAGCAUCCCAAUGGUACAAUUGCCUAAUCAAAACUGGGGAUUUCUCUUCAAUGUUUUGAAGAAUAGUUAGCUGAUUAAGAAACAGUUACAUUUGAAGAACAAAAGCAAGCCAAUUUUCAGGCUGACGUCAACAAUUUUGUUAGGUAUGAUCAAAUUAGUCUUCACAGAAGUUGUCAUCAAAAUUUUCUCUAUAAUCCCUAUCUUUACAGAAUUUUUCAUCAAAUUAGUAUCCCGAAGAUACAUAUGGAAUUGUAUUGUAUCAUUGUUGUUUAGAAAAGCUUCUCUUCCUUAUGAUGCAAAUAUGCAAAUUUUUUGUUGCAAUUGUUUUUGUACUUGAGCGUAUGCCUUGAAUGUAAUGACUGUAUCACUUGUUUCUUUUGAA